CCCAGAGGCUCCUCGCUAUGGGAAAAGAAGCGAGGGAACGAGAAAGAUUGUUCAUUGGUGGAGCUCUACAGGCUCUUUUGAUUGGCAGUCGGAGCUGGCGACGUAAGGCGGUUGUUGGUCUGGCUUCCCCGAGAUCUUUAGGAAAGCGAGAUGGAGAGGUGUGUGUCUAACCUAAUGGUCUGCAACCUGGCCUACAGUGGAAAGCUGGAGGAAUUGAAGGAGACAAUCCUGGCCGAUAAGUCCCUGGCUACUAGAACUGACCAGGACAGUAGAACUGCACUGCAUUGGGCAUGCUCAGCAGGCCAUACAGAAAUAGUUGAAUUCUUGCUGCAACUUGGAGUGUCAGUGAAUGAUAAAGAUGAUGCAGGUUGGUCUCCUCUUCAUAUUGCUGCUUCUGCUGGCCGGGAUGAGAUUGUAAAAGCCCUUCUGGGAAAAGGUGCUCAAGUGAAUGCUGUCAAUCAAAAUGGCUGUACUCCCCUGCAUUAUGCAGCUUCCAAAAACAGGCACGAGAUUGCUGUCAUGUUACUAGAAGGUGGGGCUAAUCCAGAUGCUAAGGACCAUUUUGAGGCUACAGCAAUGCACCGGGCAGCAGCCAAGGGUAACUUGAAGAUGAUUCAUAUCCUUCUGUACUACAAAGCAUCCACAAAUAUCCAAGACACUGAGGGUAACACUCCUCUACACUUAGCCUGUGAUGAGGAGAGAAUGGAAGAAGCAAAGCUGCUGGUGUCCCAAGGAGCAAGUAUUUACAUUGAGAAUAAAGAAGAAAAGACACCCCUGCAAGUGGCUAAAGGUGGCCUGGGUUUAAUACUCAAGAGAAUGGUGGAGGGUUAAGCAACUUGGAUUUAUUCUUUGUAUGUUUUGUGGUUUUCCCCGGUAUCCUGGAAGCUAAUGUACUUGUGCACAAGACAUCAUCUAUGAAUGAUGUUUUCUCACCUUCAGGGUCUUAAAAACAUGUUGAAUAUUGUUCCUGCUGAGGUACUUGUUCUAAGCUUACAACUUGCUUUCCAGGCCUUGAAUAACUGUUGAAAUUGUUCUGCUGUUUGUUGUACAUUAUUCUAUACUGAAUCUUGGUUAACUUUGAGUAAAUGAUUCUGUGGCUGUUGUGAGUCUUCAGUAUCGUCCCGUGCACCCUCUAUCCCCCUCUAAGGCAGAAAAACACCAAUAGCAUCAGGCCAGUUAUUCUGCCAAGUAUUUCUAGGUGGAUUCUAGAAUGUUCCUCCAUAAGUUGAAACCCAUCCUAACUUGUUUUUCAGGCUCACUCAGGCCUAUGCCAAAAUUUCUGUUUUUUCGACUGUAAGGUUUAAUUUAUUCUUGUUAUAGGAGGAAUACUUACAUAUUUUUGUGGACCAAAUUUUAAGUUGAAGGACAUGUUAUCCAAGUUUGGAAUUCAUAAACACUAAAAUAACCAAAAUAAAAAUAAUGAAAAAUAAUAGCCUGUGUUCCCAUGUAUCUUUUUAAUGAACUAUUUUGCUCCAAAAUAAAACAAGAAGUUUUCAAAUACCUAUAUCAAGCCAUCAUGUAUUAAAAAGAAUAUCAAGCUUGUUAAAAUGUGUAACACAAAAUAUAUUUUGAUUUAUAUUUCAGAAAAAAAUGAAAUGUUGAGAAAAUCUACCAAUUGUAUUUUUCAAAUAAGUUAGACACUCAUUUAAGCCUUAAAAUACUUCAUAAAGACAUUUCUCAGUUUUUGUAGCUCUACAGUCAGUAAAAUCAGUGAAGCUUGAACUGCAACUAAAUAAAAAUAGUAAUCUUCUGAAUUGGUAAUUAAGUCUGGAGCAAAGGCAAUUAAUAAGUGUAAACUUGAGCUCAGUUUAGGGAAGCAUCUUAAAUGAUUACUAGUCAUAAAAUCUAAUGAACUCCAAGUGGCUCUUCAAAUUAUUUUUUUAAUUUGAAUUUCAUGCUGCAAAUAAUUGCUUGAAAUAAGUGAUCCAAGUGAGCCUACAAACUUGUAUUAAUUUUGGUUAAAGACUUAAUGACCAGUAGCUGAAAUGAGUUUUGUAAACAUGAACUGUGUUAUUACUGUACAGACCCUGUUUCAUAAAUAUUUUGAGUGCUAAUCUUUACAAAUAUUAAUCAGGGAAACAUCUUUUUACAGAAUUAAACUUUGUUUAUUUAAUUCUAGGAAUAGAAUUGAUGGCAGGGGAAAUAAUUUAUUUCCAAUAUUUUUUGGCAUGAUCAGAAAAUAAAGUUGUGUCUAAUAGGACCUGCAGGACUGAAAACAUUUACUCUUCAUAAAUACAGAAUGUAUUGUCUGAGGUAAUAGGAUUUGUGGGUGUAAAAGAAAGCUCAUUGUAGUUCUUCAGUAAACAGUACGGAUGGAACCAAACCUCAGAUAAUCUGUAAACUAUUGACAUUUUAAAUGAAGUGGCUUGUUAACAAUAUUUAAAUCACGGAUUUGUAUAGAUUAAGAAUACUAUGGCCUUGGCCUUGAGUACUGGUCAAAUUGUUACCUAUUGCCUAUAAGAAAGUUGAUAGAGAUGAAGCUAAUUCAAGGUUAGCAAGUUUUACAGUUACUUCCAGAAUGAACUCACAAACAGAUGAUAGUUGUAAAUCUUAGCUGAGAAUGUGAGAUGGAAGAAAUAGGCAAAUGGGAACAUUCUUAGUAUCUAUUGCAGAGAAUCCACAAUUUCAAAUUCUAUGAAAUUCAAGGUAGAUCUGCAUUUCACUACUUAAUCUCUGACCUGACAGAAUUUAGCUGCCUGUAUGACCCGUGUUUUGUUUUCCCGACUUCUCAACUAUACCAACUACAAUCAGUUUAUUAGUGGCUGUGCUGCAGCUUCCUGUUUCCAAGUUUUGUAUAGGGUGGGAGUACCUUACUUUGGGGAUCUGUGGCCCCAUCUUCACAGUUCCACGGACUGCCUAAAAUUGAAUGCAGAAAUUUGUAUAUGCCUUUUUCUGAGACAAGGGUUCAGUAGUUUUCAUCCAAUUGUCAAAGGAAUGUGACUCUCAAAAAGAUUGACUGCUCGAUCAAGAGAGAAAAGAAUGCUGAAUCAAUUGUCAGGAGAUGUGGAUUCUACAUCAUAGUUCUGCCCACUUUAUAGUUUACAAGUUUUUAUAUCCAUUCUUACCUUGCGCUUUAAGAAGGCAGAAAUCAUCUCCAUUUUAUAGAUGAGAAAACACCCAGAGCUAGUUAAAGGAAACAGCCAGUACUAAUAUCAAGCUUUCCUGGACCCUAAUCCAUUUUCUUUUUGCUCCACAACAACUGUGGACCAAAUGGAAGGUACUCUGGCAUUUUGAUAAUGACCCAUUAGUCGUAACACCCACUCUGGUGCUUUCGUCUUUAAAUUGGCUUGUGUUUUUUUGGUUUCCUGGAACCCUCAAUAUCAUCUCUGAAUUCUUGGUUUAAUUUUGUUUGUAAGCUAAAGCUUCAAAGACAAGUGAGAUUGUUGAGUAUUGAUUGGUUUGGACCUUUUUUGAGGCCCUCGAACCUCUUUUCCUGCAUGUAGCCCUUUAAAAUAACCUUUUAUUACUAAAACAUGGGUUUGUUUCAGUGAAAUUAGUAGUUUGGUGCAGUUGGAAGAGCAUUGCACUGGGAACCAGGAAACUUGGGAUCUAGUCUUGACUUUGUGUCAUCUCCGGCAGAUUAUUUUACCUCUCUUUACUCAGAGCUGCUCUGGGGGCUAGGUAGGAAUAUAUAAGAAGGACCCUGAUUUUUUAAACUACAUACACAUUCCUGCUUCCCCCACUAAGAAUAUAAUUCUCAUCAUCGCCCACCUACACCCCCAUCAGGUGUGCUAGGUUGAAUAUUAUUGAUGUCAAAGCUCUCUUCUGGCUUCGAAAUUCUUAAUGAAGGCUCCUCAAGGCAGUCACACAUAGGCCGCUGUAAUCGCCGCAGAUAUUAACUUCUCAGCACGUAAUAUUAGAAGAAAAGGUCACCUGGUACUCUAAUGGCCCGAAGAGUUGUCAAUAUACAUGGCUUCUUAGCUAUUGUCAUGAAUUAUUAUAUUUUAGUCCCUUUUCCUCAUAGAUCACUGUAAUUUGGAAGCCUUGCUCAGUGUAGUACAAAUCUAGCUUUCCUCCUCUGCAGGAACACGCAAGAACUAGUCAUAGUUAGCAAAGCUGUAUAAACGUAAGGACAAGGGCUAGCUCACCAUCGUAUCACCAGUACUAGCAACAGUUCCUAGUAGCCAUUUCAUAAAUGUCCGAUGGGUUACUGAAUAAACGAGUGAAUUUGGGAGAAUAGGACCUAGAAGCAAAAAGCUGUUCUGUUGACUUUAGCAUAUUCUAGCUGCUAAAGCAAAAACAAAGAGAUAAGGGAAGGUUUUGGAAAUCCUUUCAGAUGUUGAGAAGUAAAUGGUUAAGAAGCCCAAGGCCAGUUUGGGAUUUAGUUGGGACUACCCAGUUAAAUUUUAACUUUGUUGUUAGUUCCUGCCUGAGUCAGCUCAAAUUUUAACUAACUAUGGCAAAAUAAAUCCGGUAGCGCUCUCUCUGAAUCAUAAUUAUGCUCAACUAAUUAGAAUAUUUGGGUAAUGGCCUAUUCCAUUAUUUUCUGAUGCAGUGAUGGAUAAGAAAAACUUUUGUUCCUUUCUGUCUAUUCCUGUCAAAUUAAUUACGUCGAUUCAGCUCAGCUUUCCAGGCUAUCAAGAUCAUUUUGAAUCAUGAUUCUGUCAUACGGCAUAGUAGUCAUCCCCUCUAGGAACAAGUCAUCCAUAAAUUUAAGUGUGCCUUCUGUGUUUUUAUCUAAGUCACUGGUUCUUAAUAUUAGAUUCAGAAAGUCUGUAAUUCACCUAAAAGGAUAUGUGACACUAUGUGUGUAUAAGCAUUUUUCUAUGGACAGGGGUCCAGAGUUGUCAGCAGAUUCUCAAGGUGGUCCGUGACCCCCAAAAAGGUUAAAGACCACUGACCCAACUAUUCAUCAGUAUUUUGAACAGAACAGUGCUAAUAAGGACAGAGCUCUAAAAGACCUCCAAUAGUGCCUUCCUUCCUGAUCAGCACUGAUCCACCAGAAAUUUUUGAGUGUAGUGAUUGACUGUUUAUUAGAUGUUAGUCUCUUUACUUGUGAUUUGCCUUUAUCAUAAAAGUGGAAGGGAAACUUUUGGGCAUUCUAGUAAUUGAGGUGUUUUGUUUUUAAUUGCCAAGUAUAGUCAUUCUUAAGCCCUUCAUCAUUUUGCAUCCUAGAUUUUCCAGGAUCCCAUCAAACACUAUCAUAGUAUUGUAUUUAGUCUAUGAAUGGAACUAUAGAUGCUUCAAAAAUCCCUGAGAUUGGUUGAACAUAGAAACAUCAAAGAAAAUACAUAAGUAAAAGCUUGCUAUCUCGUCUCUCCAUGACUCUGAACAAAUGUAAUGUUAAUUUCAAUUUGAGCUCACCUUAAAACCUACAAAGGCUCUACCUCAUUGUAUUUUAAAAGCUUUCCGACAUGAUCUGUAUAUAAAGGGGGGGGGGGUCCCAGUUUAAGAAAACCCUUUACAUGAAAAUCUGCAGGUGAUAAAUUAGAGAUCCAUUACUUCAUUUAAAAAUGAUUCACCUUAAAAGCCAGUCACAAAAAGAGUACAUAGUGUAUGAUUCCAUUCAUUUAAAAGCCAAAAAAAAAAAAAAAAAAAA